AUGCCCCAGAAAGAUGUGGUAACAACAGAGGCAGUACCAGAAACCCUUGGCCCUGCAGACAAAAGCAUGUCACCAUCCACAUUGAUCCAGGCUACAUCCACACCACUUACCAGUAUAUGCAGUCCUAACUGUCCCUGCAAAUUGAAAUUGGCAAGUGCAAAUAGAACUAAGCAUUGUGUGAAUAUUGCUUGGAUGAUGAUGAUGAGUUUUCCUAUGAGAGAUAUUGAUGGAGAUGAAUCUGAGGAUUCUGAUGAAUCAGAUGAGGACCAUGGUAACUAUUACCCAAAAAUGUGCUAACUGUACCAAUGGAUUUGUUUGGUAUUCUCAGCCUUUAUUACUGGGUCGAUAUGCUGAUGGUAAUGUCAUGCUUAGUUUUGCUGUCCUGAUGGCUGGGGGCAUCUAUCAGCAAGAUUCUUUUAGUCUUUCGCCACAUGGGUCUUGCAGUGUUCUCUAUUCGAACAUAUUUUCAACAUCAAAGGCAUUUAGUCUUUCCAUCAAUAUUUUACUACUGGAAAACCUACUGGAAAAGCCUUUAUAGACAAGGCAGAAGGGCUUAACAGAGUAGAAUGGUCAGAUGAUGGUCGUUUUGACUCGAUGGGGCACUCUGCCAAAUAUGGUGCUUACACCAUGUUAUGCACAACGUUGAUGAAGGUGGUGCAUUUUGAAAUUGUUCAGGUGAACUUCUUGGCUAACAGUUAAAACUUUACUUGGUGGUGUGGGAUCGUAUUGGGGGUAAUGUUACAGUAGUAUCUGUACAAGAUGCUGAAAUACGGUGGCCCAUAAGUGCAAAACACAAUACACACUACCAAAACACAAUACACACUACCAAAACACAAUACACUAAACCAAAACACAAUACACACUACCAAAACACAAUACACACUACCAAAACACAAUACACUAAACCAAAACACAAUACACUAAACCAAAACACAAUACACUAAACCAAAACACAAUACACACUACACUAGACCAAAACACAAUACACACUACCAAAACACAAUACACACUACCAAAACACAAUACACACUACCGAAACACAAUACAUUAAACCAAAACACAAUACACUAAACCAAAACACAAUACACUAAUAUGUUAAUUUAUUAAUUGAACCGCUGACCAGUAUUAACACAGAUUAACACAAAAAUCGCACCAAAUUAUUUAAAAAUGGCGGAUGCUGAGCAAGAAGAAACUAUAAUUCGACAUUAUUUCUCGUUAAAUUCCGACUACAAUACAAUUUUGAGUUUUCUCGAAAGAAAUCAUGGGAUAAAAAUUUCCAAAAGAACGCUUUUAAAUCGUUUAAAUACGGUGGCCCAUUGACAAUAUAGUAACUACUGCUGGAUUACAGAAACCGACCCACUGGAGAGAAGCGUUUAUAGAAUUUUACAAUAAUCUUCUUCAGUUUGCAAACGGUUGAUUAUAUAUGUCAUAUAUAGCGGUAAUAGUCGUCCGGCGUCUUGAACUAACUGGUCAGCUGCGCUAUAUAGUCAGGCAGUCUGCUUCUUUCCUUGAGGGAACAACUAAAAUUUUCUGGAAACCCUGAACAAACUAUAGUUUUUAGAAUUUACACUUCGGUUUUAAAUUUGGCUGAACAGGUUUAACAUGGAAUGAUGUAUGAUAGUAUAUUGUAUAGAAUGGAUUCAGUCUAGUUUGUUUUGUGACCAUGCAUGCAACAUAAAAAUAAUGUUUCGUUUUGCUUGUCCUCGCUCAAAGGUUUAAUUUUCCACAGCUUUGCCUUUGGUAAAACGAAAGUUAUCUAUACAGUAACUUAGCUUAAUUGCUUAAGAUUGUUCCAGCUCUAGUUGAUGUUUGUUUGUGAACAAACCAUUCUUUAAUGAAGAUCGACGACCAUAUAUAUAACCAUUAGAAAUAGACGUAAAACAAUUUGGAAUUCCCAAUUUCCGCUAGUAACUGGAAAUUAAAAUAUUUAUUCGUUAACAGAUAACCUAAGUUAUUUAGAAACUUAUAUAUAGGUCAAUGACAAUGUUUACUAACAGCUAAAUACCUUAUACAUGUAUAAAAGGAAUCCGUUACAAUAAUCCAGGAAUAAAUUUCCAGAUCUUGCAUGUUUUCAAUAUAAGAAGUUAUAAUUUUAUCAUAGCUCUAUACAUGCAUGGACGUAGAGACGGCCUGAAUGUUAAAAUGCUAAUGCAUGCGCUUGUCAUAUUUGAUUAGCUUGCACCAUGAUCAGCAAAUUAUUAUUGUUUACUUAAAAAUCUUAAAGUGCAUAUGACAUGAAUUUUUUUAUUUUCUUACAGUGUAAAUGAAAGAACUCUUUAAAUUAAGCUGUAGUGUGACUUAUUUUUCAGUUUCUUGUUUUCAUAGUUUGUUCCUUAGAUAUUUCAAUUUGUUUGGUAUGUAAAUAAUGUGAAUAUGACCACUAAUUUAUGACGUCACAUUGGUUGCAAGCUCCACUUACCCUGGUUAUAGAUCUAUUAACUCUAAAAACUGUAGAUAUCAUUUCACGUUUUCUCCAGUAUUUUAUCACAUUUACCAGUGAGUGAAGUUAGAAAUUAUUAUCUUGGAUGAUAGCCGCGAUAUUCAACCAUUUUGAAGAGCUUUCAACCAACGUGACGUCAUAAAUUAGCGGACAUAUUCACACCAUUUACAUGCCAAACAAAUUUAAAUAUCUCGGGAACAAACCAUAAAAAAACGAAACUGAAAAAUAAGUUACACUACAGCUUAAAGAGUUCUUUCAUUUAAGAAAAUAAAAACAUUCAUGUCAUAUGUCAUAUAAACAUAUGUCAUAUAAACAUUUCUGGCUGCUUAAUCACACUUUCAACAACGAUCUAAAAAUAUUUUUACCAACGCAACUCUGUAUCUCGUACAUAGAAUACUAACAUUCUUUACUGGUUCAUCCUAUUUGUUUACUAACGUGGAUUUUCUGCAAACCUGUUACUCUUGGGGUUGUUUCUGCUUUCAUGAUGAAUUCGGUUUAUGUCUACUUUCCCUGCUAUAGCUACGUCCCAUAUAGGGAUAAUAUGAUUACUUCGACACAAUAUAGCCACGUACAAAUAAUAUAAAACAGGUUGUUGCAUCAGUAUGAUACAAAUAAAAACACUGUUCUCCUAAACAAAAUUCAACUGUUACGCUAAUCUGAACUAAUGCAAACAUUUUUUCUCAAUCCAUACAGUCAAUACUGGUAUAGUACUGGAUGUAUAUAUAUGAUUGUUCAUGCACAGCCAAAUCCACGAGCAUUUUUAAUGCCGAACACUACGGCAUUCUUGAAGCUUUCGUAAUCACCAUGAACAACCGGCAGAUUAAGGAUAUACGCGCAUGUGUUAGUUUUAGGAAACUUGGAUAACUUUCCAUCUUUUUCAGUUUCGUGCAGAAAUUGUAAUUCACAAUGUAAGCCUUGGAGAGGAAAGAUUUUGCAACCGGAUGCAAAGAACAAAAUCCCCCUUGUCCUGAAAGAGAAAGUAGAUUAUACAGUGUUGGUAAUGUCCGACUUAAACACAAAAUUAAAACUUCUCGAGGAAGAAAAGCAGAGCUUGAUUACGGCAUUAAAUAUUCUUCAAGUUAAUGAAUUCAAAAGCAACACACAAAACCCGGGACAAUAUGUAUUAGCUAAUAUACAAAACGAGAAAUCACAGCCUGAACAGCUUGAAAUAUCAUCAGAUAGUGAAUAUAAUAUUCCACUAGCAAAUAGAUUUUCUACAUUAGCUGACGAAGGCAAACUGAAUGAAGAUGAAAGUGAACAAACUACCCAACAACAAUCUACCUGCAAUCAAUCAUCUGAGCAAUGUAACUCGGACGUGCGGGUUGAUAAUCAGCAAGGUCAAUUGCGUGAACCUGCAUCUAAUGAACCACCUAAUAAUGACAACUCCAAAGGCACCAAGCAAGCAGAAAUGGCAAAGACGAAAGGUCGCAUUCGGCCUGUUGACUCUAGGAACAGUGUCAAUCAAGGUACCAGUAAAUCAAAUAGCAAUAAUGAAAUGGGAAGUCAAGGUAAGAGUACACUUGUUAUUGGAGACUCAAUGAUUAAAGAAAUCGAAGUCAACAAACUUUCCAGAUCAAAGAAAAUUACCAAAAUUUGCAUGCCUGGAGCUAAGUCAGAUCAAAUCAAAGAAAGACUGCAGACUACUUUAAAAAGUACCCAUUAUGAUGAAGUCAUAAUCCAUGCAGGGGUUAAUGACCUGUCAAAUUCCCAGCCAGACCAGAUUAUCGUACAGUUAACAGAUAUGGCUGCUUCUGUUAAUUCCUCAACCAGUAUAAUUACGACCAAGGAUAGAAAUUGCAAAGGAUGGGUUUAUAUUGACAAUUCACGUAUAGGCAACAAACAUUUAAAAUUUAAUAGUAUCCACUUGAAUCAAGUGGGUGUAAAAUGA